AGGGAAAGGGAGGGCAGGGGGAGAAUGCAAAUCCCAUGAAUGCAGUAUUCAGCCACCCCAUCAGUCUGUGCGGAAACUCCCUCAGUUACCGUGACACGUGGAGUCUUUGGAGUGGCCAUGCGGAGCAUAGCUGAUUACACAAUAACGCAGGGCAUCUGUCCCCCCGAGGCACCAUGCCACAGAACUGCACAUGAAAAGACACAGGGCUAUGGGAAAGAAUUGCUUAAGGACACAGUGCUGUGAACGGGAAACCCAGCCCCUGGUUUUACAGGUCACCCGCGGCUUAGAAAUAGACAAAUCGGGCAAGGAGUGUGGCGCCUUGCUUUGCGGAACCAGGGGAAGAAUGGCACACAGACUGUGGAGUGGCAUACAGACUGUGGAGUGGCAUAAAGACAGUGAAAUGGGACCAGAGUCACAGUGCCAGCUAUGAAUCAUGUGGCUGUAAACCCAUCAGGUAAACUGAGGAAGCUGGCAUAGAUCUGGGGUAUGCACAUAUUUUGUUAUUAUUGUAAUGUACCUCUGAGAUAACCGCCUUCCCCAUGUGACCAGUCACAGGAAGUAAUGACAUCAUAGUAUCCUGUGCACAAAGAGAAAAAAAGGAAGGAGACAUUCUAAGGACUCAGGGUCAGUUUUGUGUAUUUCCUGUGUAACUCCAUUCAGCUAGACAGCUUUCUCUGAAUUCUACUGUUUCUCCCUGCUGAAGCCAGGCACAAGCAAAAGCUAAACUCACAUAAUGUAUAAGUAUCCUCUAAUGCAUCGCAUGCUGGAACAAUGCUUUGGUUUCAAACAUCAUAGCAGAACUGACUGUUCUAUGUCUCUAAAAUUGUGGCUGGCAGUGGAGAGAGUGAGCUCUCCCCUCUCCUAUCCUGCAUGGGUCAUAGUUCCUCCUGCUGGCAACGCCUCUCCUUUGCAGUGGCAGUCCUAGAGAAGCCAGGGCCUGAGGCUCCGGUCAGUGCAACCCAAACAAAGAAACUGAAGCAAAUCCCAUAUCACAGGAGUCCUAUUGGCAUGGUAGCCUGAUCCUCAUGAAAGUAGAAGGGGUGCGGAAAACUAGUGGCAUGGAGACCAAAGAGUAUAAGAGGGUUAUAUGGAUCUAGGGAACAUCUGCACUGGGUCCUGACCCACCUGUCCUGAGCUUUGUAUGUCUGGUCUCUGGUUCUUUAGAUCUCCAUUUAUAGACACCCCCUCAGAAGGCAGGAACAAGGGCCAUGAGCAAAGUGGACGUGAUGCGCAGAAUUCACCUGCAUACCGCAUACAUGGGAAGCCAUUGGCACCAAAGAGACAUGACAUGAAGCUGCCUGGUGUGCUCAGAGAUUGGUACGGCUACGAUUAUCUGUGCUGAAACCAUCCUGAAAACUUCAACCGAAGACUUCAGCAUUCAAGGGAAGCCAAAGGCAUUUGAGAGGGAAUAAAGCCAAAAGUCAAGAACUUCACUGUCCCGUACCUACCCACUCCAAAAAAAGACAUCAGUGCUCACACGCAGGCAACAUGGCAAGCAAACGGAAAUCUACAACUCCGUGCAUGGUCCGGACAUCACAGGUAGUUGAACAAGAUGUGCUGGAGGAGGCAGACAGGGCCAAAGACAAAGGAAUGGGCAUGCCACAGUCUGAUGUGGCCAAGGACGGCUGGGCAGCAGAACCUGAAAACUCGUCCAAAGAAAACGAAGUGGUGGAGGUGAAAUCUAUGGGGGAAAGCCAGUCCAAAAAACUCCAGGGUGGUUAUGAGUGUAAAUACUGCCCUUAUUCCACACAGAAUCUGAACGAGUUCACAGAACACGUAGACAUGCAACACCCCAACGUGAUUCUCAACCCCCUCUACGUGUGUGCCGAAUGUAACUUCACAACCAAAAAGUAUGAUUCUUUAUCUGACCACAACUCCAAGUUCCAUCCAGGGGAGACCAACUUCAAGCUGAAGCUGAUUAAGCGCAAUAAUCAAACUGUUUUGGAACAGUCCAUUGAAACCACCAACCACGUUGUGUCCAUCGCUGCUGGUGGCCCUGGGGGUGGUGACAAUGACCCUGGGGUCUCCGUGGGUAAAAUCCCCAUGAUGAAGACAGGAAAACCGAAGGCAGAUGCCAAGAAAGUGCCCAAGAAGCCUGAUGAAGUUGCCCCCGAAAACCACAUGGAAGGGACUGCCCGCCUGGUGACCGAUACCGCUGAGAUCCUGUCCAGACUUGGGAGUGUGGAACUCCUUCAAGAUUCACUGGGACACGUCAUGCCUUCUGUACAGCUGCCACCAAAUAUCAACCUUGUCCCCAAGGUCCCCGUCCCUCUGAACACUACCAAAUACAACUCUGCCCUGGACACAAACGCCACCAUGAUCAACUCCUUCAACAAGUUCCCUUACCCCACCCAGGCUGAGCUCUCCUGGUUGACAGCUGCCUCCAAACACCCGGAAGAGCACAUCAGAAUCUGGUUUGCCACCCAGCGCUUAAAACAUGGCAUCAGCUGGUCCCCAGAAGAGGUGGAGGAGGCCCGAAAGAAGAUGUUUAAUGGCACCAUUCAGUCAGUACCCCCGACCAUCACUGUGCUUCCAGCUCAGCUGGCUCCCACAAAAAUGUCGCAGCCCAUUCUCCAGACCGCCGUGCCGUGCCAGAUCCUUGGCCAGCCCAGCCUGGUGCUGACCCAAGUGACCAGUGGGCCGACGGCUGUCUCUUGCUCCCCCAUCACACUUGCCGUAGCUGGAGUGACCAACCAUGGUCAGAAGAGACCUUUGGUGACUCCCCAAGCUGCCCCUGAGCCGAAGCGUCCCCACGUCGCCCAGGUGCCAGAACCUCCACCCAAGGUGGCCAACACCCCGCUCACCCCAGCUAGCGACCGCAAGAAGACCAAGUUGCAGAUUGCUCACCUCAAGGCGAGCUUUUUACAGAGCCAGUUCCCUGACGAUGCGGAGGUCUACCGGCUCAUUGAGGUGACAGGCCUCGCCAGGAGCGAAAUCAAGAAGUGGUUCAGUGACCAUCGGUACCGGUGUCAGAGGGGCAUCGUCCACAUCACCAGCGAAUCCCUUGCCAAAGACCAGAUGGCCGUCACAGGCACCCGACAUGGUCGCACCUAUCACGUGUACCCAGACUUUGGCCCCCAGAAGUUCAAAGAGAAAAGCCAGGGACAGCUGAAAACCCUGGAAGACAGCUUUCUGAAAAGCUCUUUUCCCACCCAGGCGGAAGUGGAGCGGCUGAGGGUGGAGACCAAGCUGAGCAGGAGGGAAAUCGACUCCUGGUUUUCAGAGAGGCGCAAGCUUCGAGACACCAUGGAGCAGGCCGUCUUGGAUUCCAUGGGGUCAGGCAAAAAAGGCUCAGAUAUGGUAGCCCCCAACGGUGCUCUCUCUCGACUUGACCAGCUCUCCGGUGCCCAGUUCGCUGGUUCUCUGCCGAGCCCUUCAUCAGCAAUGAUACAAAAUCAAGAACAGGUUCACCUGCUGAGGAGCACUUUCGCGAGAACCCAGUGGCCCACUCCUCAGGAGUACGACCAGUUGGCAGCCAAGACCGGGCUGGUCAGAACUGAGAUUGUGCGCUGGUUCAAGGAGAACAGAUGCCUACUAAAAACUGGGAGUCUGAGUUGGCUGGAGCAAUACCAGAAGCAUCACCUGUCAGGUGACCGUGGCCACGAUGCCAUAUCAAGAAAAGUGGCCAAACACGUUGCUGAGAGCCCAAAGAAUGGAAGUGAGGUGGCUCAACAGUAUGCCAGGGACCCCAAAGCACUCUGCGAGCAGGACUCCGACAAGCUGGUCCCCAGGGUGAAAGUGGGUGACGAGCAAGCCAAGGACUGUGUGGCAGGCAAGCCCUCAGAGGCCACCUCAGACAGAUCGGAGGGCAGCAGCCGAGAUGGCCAGGGCAGUGAGGAGAACGAGGAGUCGGGCAUCGUGGACUUUGUGGAGGUGACGGUCGGAGAGGAGGACGCCAUCUCAGAGAAGUGGGGGAGCUGGAGUCAGAGAGUAGCAGAAGGCACGGCAGACCGGGUGGACUCCGACUCCGACAGCGCCCCUGCAGAGGCUGGCCAAGCCUAGACAGGGCCCUUGGUCUGAACUUCCGCACUGACAAAGGGGGGCUCUGUCUUUGAAGAGAGAAGAAAGCUCCGCCCCAGCGGCUGUGGGCCAUCUCACCAGCGACUCUGAGUGGAAGUGCUUCAGUGGCGUGCCCGCGCCCGCGCCCGCCCGGAGGCCACGGGAACUCCGGAGCUCUCGGCGGCGCCCCUCCCAGAGGCCGGGUGGGAACUGUUCAUAGUGCCAAAGUCCUACUACUGCGUUUUUUUUCAAUGAGUCCCUGUACAUAGUCUCUGCCUCUGCCCCAGUCCCACCUCUUGCUAUACUGGAACCGAUUUAUACAAUGUGGGAAUUUUGUUACCUUUUUAAUCGAGGGCAACUUCCUUUUCCAGCACUUCCAUGGUAAGGUGUUUGCUUUUGUUUCUUUUUUUUCCCUCCCCCAGGAAGGAGGGCUAACCACAUUGCUUUUCUCUUUUUUUCUUUUCACUUCAUUAACGAGGGGGAUGGGAGCAUUACUAUUAGUGCCACUGUAGCUACUGGAUUUUAGGUAGGAAGAAUUUCUUUAUUUUUAAGGUAGUUUGACAUUUGGGAGGUGACUCUGUGAGAAGGACUGAAGUUGGUCCUCUGGCUCAACAUUGGAUGGAUUCACAAAUAGCAGGCCUUCCGCACCAAGCUCAUGUCCAGGCCCCCCCCACCAGUUGCCUUUUGGGGACUCUGCCUCUCAGCCCAAUGCCAAGAGGUGGGUCUGGCUUCUCAACUGCUUGGAACCUGGGGAACAGGUGGCUGCCCUCUUUUUACAAAUCUUUUUGAAAUACCAGCAGAAAGGGCUCCCACCCUUGGUGACGCCUUCAUUGCUCUUAGGAAACGGGAAGAGAGUCGUCUUUCUGCCUAGCUCGUACAAAGGUGAACGUCUCUGGGUUUCUUUGCUCUUCCUCGCUGCCUUUUCCUGGUGUGACAUUUGACAAGAUCUCAGCUCGAAGCCUCACUAUAAACUGAUUUUUUUUUUGUUUUUGUGUGUGUGUGUGUGUGUGUGUGUGCGCGCGUGUGUGCGCGUGUGUGUUUGGACCGAUUUUAGAUACCUGAGUGCACUUUUUUUUUAGUUAGUCCUAACUUUUAAAGAAGAAAAGCCAAGAGAUAUAUCUCGUAUAAAUGUCACGACAUGGAUUCUGUUUGCUGUCCUUGUCCCCUCUCCCACUCCCUGCCCCUUGACCCCACUGGGGUCCACUGCACAAAUAAAACGCUAGGGGGGUUGAAUAAAAGCAGUUUUUCUAACUCGUUGCUCAUUUGUUGUAACUCAAUAAAGCAAAGACUAAACAUUUUUGUAA